AUGCGUAGCCCCCCAAGAGAAGCCAGGCUUCGCAUGGCCGUUGAAGCCAUCGGAAAGAACAAAAAUCUCAGUAUCCGGGCCGCAGCCAGACAGUACAACGUUCCGGAAGCAACGAUUCGCCACCGAUGUACUGGCCGGUCUGCACGACGUGAUUUACCAGCCAACUCGCGUAAGCUUACGGACCUGGAAGAGCGUACGAUAGUUCAAUAUAUACUGGAACUGGAUGCGCGCGCAUUUCCCCCUAGACUGCGUGGUGUGGAAGAUAUGGCCAACCACCUGCUCCGCGAACGCGAUGCGCCCCCUGUCGGCAAGCUCUGGGCCCUCAACUUUCGUCAAGCGCCAGCCACAGCUUCCGUACGCGUCGUACGCGUAGAUACGAUUACCAGAGGGCCAAGUGCGAAGAUCCAAAGGUCAUUGGCGAGUGGUUUACGCUUGUACAGGACGCUAAGGCCCAAAUAUGGGAUUGUUGAUGACGAUGUCUAUAACUUCGACGAGACUGGGCUUAUGAUGGGCAUCAUCUUCGCGGGACAGGCAUACGGUCGCCUGAUCGACGAGCUGAUGCGCGCACACAUCAACCAUAUCACCAAGCUCGAGUUCCUUUGUGCCUUUCGCGAAGCCUUCUUUGCUUCCAUGACAGAGAAGAAUAUUCAGGGUGGGUUUUCAGGGGCCGGUAUCGUACCAUUCGAUCCAGAGAGGGUGCUUUCUAAGCUGGAUGUCAAGCUUCAUACACCAACACACCCAGACUCCAGGCCUGGCACUGCACAGCCUUGGGCCUCUAAGACCCCGUAUAAUGCCCAGGAAACCCGCUCGCAGUCAGACUUCAUCAAGACCCGGAUUUCCAGCUACCAAAAUAGCUCCCCAGCUUCGGUGUUAGUUGCAGUUGACCAGCUUACCAAAGGUGCAACGGCUGUAAUGCACCAAGUGGCUCUUCUUCAGUCAGAGGUCUCUUCGCUCCGUAAGGCCAACGAACCACUAAGCAAGCGCCGGAAAGCCAAAAGAACACGCAUACAGCUUGGAGGGCCACUUACUGUACAAGAUGCACAGGAUCCACUGGACCAGAGGGAUGUGGGUAAGGGGGCACUGCAGGAAACACAGCCGGAUAGUAGUGGUGCAGGGGGGGCUCGUGCGAAGGUUCGGCGCUGUAAUAGUUGUUGCAAGUUUAUGUGUAAUGUUGCCUUGCCAAUCCGAUUGUUGCUCGAUAUGAAGCCAGUGUUCGGUGCGGUAGAAAUGAAUGGAAACGAGGAUGGAUAG